UUGGCAAUACAAAUUGUAGAAAUUAAGCCAAAGGAUGUGACCAGUGUUUAUGCUGGAACUGUCAUACAAGCUGGCACUGGCGAAAAUAUCGCUCGUCAAAUUUCCAUUGGAUCAGGUAUCCCAACUACGGUACCAUGCAUGACGUUGAAUAAAGCUUGUUCAGCUGGAAUGACUGCGCUUAUCAUUGGCGCACAGCACAUUCACAUGGGUUAUCAGCAGUGUAUCGUUGGUGUUGCAACUGAGAGUAUGAGCAACGCACCCUUCAUUCUUCCAAGACACCUGCCAACUGGGGGUCUUAUGUUGGAAGAUACGAUUGAUAGAGACGGAUAUUUGGAUCCGGUGAAAGGUGUUUCGGUGGCGAUGCUGGCUGAGAAAACCGCAAGAGAACUGAAAAUUAGCCGCGCUGACCAGGAUGCGUGGUCGCUUGAGAGCUAUAAAAAAGCUUCAAAGGCGUGGAAGGUACCGAAGACAUUGACGCUUGUAAUUUCAACUGCUUCAGCAAUUUCAAUUGUUCACUUCUUACCAAAUACAACCCAAUUCUACCAAUUCUCGAAUGCUCAAGAUUAG